AUGUCGGACCUCGUGCCGCCAUCCGACUCACCGGUCUCGGCUUCUUCCGUCCAGCAGGGCACCGAGACUACCACACCCCCCACAUCUCUCGAGGAAGCCCCAAAACCUUCCCUACAGCAACCCCUGGGGUACGCCACUGUUGGCCGUCGGGCGCAUAAGAAGAGCCGCACGGGCUGCUCAACUUGCAAAUCCAGAAAGAUUAAGACAUACACGACCCUCACUGCCGAUCCCAGCGUGUGGGAGUUUUGGCGCGACGACGUCGUCCAGUUGGGCUUGACCUGUGACUACAUCAUGCGCGCCGUUUUGGCCGUCAGCGCUCUGCACCUGGCUUACCACCAGCCAGACCGCCGCGAUUUCUACGUCGAGGCGGGAAUCCUUCUGCAUCAAAAAGCCUCCCGCUCAGCGAUGCGCGUCAUGGCGGCGGAGGACAGGAUCGACAAAGACCGGGCCGCCAGCCUCUUCCUGUUCAGCAUGCUGACUAUGUUCUUCGCCCCCCUGCGCACCCGCGUCCAAGACACCGUCACCGAAGCCUUCCUCCUCAAAACCUACACUCACAGCCUCGACGAGCUCGAUCGCGCGCUCGUCGUCCGCCACGACCCGGCCGCGCCCCGCGAGGUGCUCGACGCCAUGGUCUGGCUGUGGGUCAUGUCGGACGAGUUCGUGCCGCUGCUGCGGGUGCCGACGCAGGAAGCCGUGGCCAUCUUUGCGCAUUUUUGCGUGUUGCUGAAGUACUAUGAGAGCCAUUGGUGGUUGCAGGGGUGGGGGGAGCAUAUCAUGAUGCGGGCGCGGGAGAUUCUGGAUGAGGAGCAUCGCGGGUGGAUUGAGUGGCCGUUGAGGGAGAUGGGGUGGAUGGAGGGGGUGGAGGGGUUAUUAUUAGGAAGGAAGGGGGAGAGGGAGAGGGGGAAGGGACGGGAGGAGGACAAAGGGUCUUGA